AUGGCUUCCUCAUCCCAGCGGCGGCAGGAUAGCCUGGAGGACACUCGGCGCACGAAACGGCGCAGGGUAGACGGUGACCGACUCGUGCCAGAUUUUGAGGGGUUUCGAUAUGGCACAUUCGGCCAGGUGGAGCCGGGCACGCUGACCAUGGAGAUUGUCAGCUGCGACGGCGGUGCAACAGUAUUUAACCUGACGGAUCUCAUCAUCAAGGCACCAGGAUCCGAUUAUUCAUCUCCGGUUCGUCAGGGGAUGGUAUUUGUCGCGAUGCAUCACGACGACCGACUUACGAGAACGGCACAGUACCAAAUCAAGUACGGCAGCAGGUCGCGUACAAGAAAUAGCAGUGGUGGCAGCGAAGAUCGGGCCGAAAACGCUGUUCUGCGGAGCAUGACCGAAGCUAUGGCGUGGCGGCAAAGAGAACCGCCGGAAGUAAGGCGACGAAGCUCCUACUACGAUCUCGGUUUAGAAUAUGACCGCGAUAACGACGAGGACGAAGAGGACGACGAGGAGGAGGAAGAAGAAGAUGAUGAUGACGAUGAUGAGGAUGAAGAUGAUGAUCUACUGGCCCCCGCAGACAAUACACGAGCCGAUCCAAGUGAUUACGCCCAGUCUGUGCGUAUGCCGCGAGAAUUUUCCAGAACGGCACUGCCGGCCUUCAAUAUUACAACGGAAUGCAGUGAUGAUGAGAACAUGGCACCCAUCCUGGCAGGGCGUAGUGCGCCUAACCGCAUCGGGAUCCUACCCUUUGAAAGCGAUAGCGAGGACAGCUUCAACAACGGCCUUGACGACCUCGACGACCUAGCCAUCUUUAGCUUACGGGCGGCGGGUCUCGAUGAUGGUGACGUGAGCAGCUCAACAACGGCGAGGAGCUCGACACAUGGUCAACCUGGAGCCAGCCUCAACAGGCCCCCGGUCCAGGCUGGCGAACUCAUGGUACCGCAUGCCAAAUUCAACCUCGAAAAUGGACGGAGCAAAUGCACAAUCCACUUUGACACGCCCAUCUCGGGCCGGUUCAUUCUACUCAAGAUGUGGAGCCCUCACCACGACCCGUCGAGCAACAUUGACAUCCAGACGGUUAUGGCCAAGGGGUUCGCAGGGCCCCGUUACUUUCCGUCUACCUCGCUUUCGUGA